GUCACUACAGGGGAGUGGAGAUCCUAAAUAUAAAUGAAAGUUCUGAGGUAGUCCUAACAGUGAAAACUUCAGUGCAGACCUAGAGGAUAUAAAAAAGAAAACUCAUCCACAUGGACAAUUAUACCAGUGAUGAAGACUUAGAUGAUGAUUUUGACACUCAGUUCAUCAUUCAACAGAGUUUACAGGCUAUUUACAAGCCAGAAACAAUACAGCAUGCACCCAAGGAGGAGAGCUUCCAUUCCUUUUUGAGCGCUGACUGUAAGAAGAUAGUUGAAAAAAUAGAGGCAGGUGAGGAAGAUGCAUUGUCACACUUAACCAAGUACCAUUCUGCUUUUGAGGAAGCAGAUGAAAUUGGCUGGAUUCCCCUGCAUAGGGCUGCAGUGCAAAUAAAUAAGAACAUUUUGGAAAUAACCCUACAAGCUUCAAAGCGCAGCACAUGGGAGCAAACCACCCACAAUGGUGAAACACCCCUUUUUUUGGCUGUCAGUAAUUGCCUCUUAGAAAAUGCCAGUUUUCUUCUUCUGAAUGGUUGCAAUCCGAAUGCCAAGAAUUUCGAAGGCAAUUCUCCUCUUCUUACAGCGGUUCUGCGUGACUCCUAUGACAUAGCUGCCUUGCUGAUCAACCACAGAGCAGAUGUCAAUCUGCGGUGUGCCAACGAGAGGACAGCUCUCCAUGAAGCAGCCAAACUGGGCCGACAGGACAUGGUGAAGCUUAUGUUGGCUUCUGGGGCGCACGUCGACCCACGGAGCUCCUAUGGAUUCACUCCUCUUGCUCUAGCUGCCCAAAAUGGACACACUGAAAUCAUGGAAAUAUUACUGCAGAAAGGAGCUAAUGCUCAUGGUCAGGCCUCUGAUUCUUCUUCCAUCUUACUUGAAGCUGCUAGCGGAGGAAAUCCAGACUCUGUGAUCCUCUUGAUAGGGUAUGGAGCUGAUGCCAACAUCCCUAAGAAUUCAGGCCACCUGCCCAUUCAUGUGGCAGCUGACAGAGGCCACCUAUUAGCUCUAAAGACGCUGAUUCCAGUUACGGAUCUUGUGGCCAUUAAGCAGAGUGGGAUCAGUCCGGUCCACUGCGCAGCAGCAGGAGCACACCCUCAGUGCCUGGAACUUCUCAUCCAGGCGGGGUUUGAUGUGAAUUUCAUGCUAGAUCAGCGAAUUCGCAAACACUACGAUGACCAAAGGAAGUCAGCUUUGUAUUUUGCUGUAUCAAAUGGUGACCUUGCUUCAGUUAAGCUGCUUCUGAGUGCUGGAGCUCUGCCUAAUCAAGACCCAGUUAACUGCCUCCAGAUAGCCCUCAGGAUGGGCAACUAUGAGCUGAUAAGUCUGCUGCUAAGACAUGGGGCCAAUGUCAAUUACUUCUGCAGAGUUAAUCCCUUACAUUUCCCAUCAGCACUGCAAUACACACUCAAAGAUGAAGUCAUGCUCAGGAUGCUAUUGAAUUAUGGGUAUGACACAGAGCGAUGUUUUGAUUGUCCUCAUGGGGACAAAGUUCAUCCUUCCUAUACUUUUGAAGGCUGGACAUCUACAGUUAUCAAAGAUACUAAGUUCUGUGAAGUAAUAACUUUGUCAUGGCUGCAACAUCUCUCUGGAAAUGUUGUUCGAGUGAUGCUUGAUUAUGUUGAUCAAGUUCGGAUCUGUUCAAAGUUGAAAGGUGUGCUCCAAAAACAGGGGCUGUGGUCAGAAAUACAUCUCAUCUUAACAAACCCUCGCUCCCUAAAACAUCUGUGCCGACUAAAGAUCCGGAAGUGUAUGGGACGGUUACAUUUGCGCUGCCCUGUCUUCAUGUCCUUUCUUCCAUUACCCAAUCUUCUAAAAGCAUAUAUCCUUUACAAAGAAUAUGACCUUUAUGGACAAGGAAGUUUGACAGGAACAUGGUAAUCAAACCAUUCUAAAGGAAAAGAGCCUCAAGCUGUUGCCCUGGGUAGAGUGCCGUGGCAUCACAGCUCACAGCAACCUCCAACUCCUGGACUUAAGCGAUUCUCUUGCCUCAGCCUCCCAAGUAGCUGGGACUACAGGUGUCCACCACAAUGCCCAGCUAUUUUUUGGUUGUAAUUGUCAUUGUUUGGCAGGCCUGGGCUGGAUUCGAACCCGCCAGCUCUGGUGCAUGUGGCUGGCGCCCUAGCCGCUUGAGCUACAGGCGCCACCCUAAAAGGUAGUUUAAAAAAAAUAAAACCUGUCGGAGCUUGAUCAGACUCUUGACUUGUUCUCAAAAAAAAAAUAAAUAAAUAAAUAAAUAAAAAUAAAACCUAAAUAGUGAAACUUUCAAUUAACUUAAAUACACCAGUUCUAUUUCUGUAUUGGUAUUAAAUGUAUGAAUCCAAUUUCUAUGUGCUCAAAAUAAUAGAUACCACCUCUGACAAUUCAAAAUAAUUCUUAACAGAACUUUUUAUAGAAAACUACAUAUAUAGUACAGUAGUCUCCCCUUAUCUUUGGGAGAAUCUUUCCAAGAGCCCCAGUAGAUGCCUGAAAUUAGUACAGAACUCUGUAUCCCUACACAUACUAUGUUUUUUCCUAUACAGUCAUGCAUCACAUAACGAUGUUUUGAUCAAGUGCACAUGCAAGGAUGGUCCCAUAAGAUUAUAAUACUAUAUUUUCUAGAAUAGUUUCUUUUCUAGUAAGCUGUACUAUCUGGGUUUGCGUAAGUAUACUCUAUGAUGUUCCCACAAUGAAGAAUUACUUAACACCACAUUUCUCAGAAUGUAUCCCCAUCUUUAAGCCUGUUGUUACAUGACACACAGCUGUACAUACACACUGUAUGGUGUAGAUAUGCUGGACAAAGGAAUGAUUCGCUUCCCAUGGGAAGAAGCGGGAUGGUGAGAAAUUUUAUCAUGCUACUCAGAACAGCAUGCAAUUUAAAAUUUAUGAAUUAUUUCUGGAAUUUUCCCUUUAAUAUUUUCAGAUCAUGGUUAACGAUGGGUAACUGGAACUGAGGAAAGCAAAACCAUGGAUAAAGGGGAACUACCGUAUAUCUUAGUGAUUGGGUUGAAUAUAUUCUGACCCCAGUUAUAACCUAGAAGUUAGCUGCUCCUGUUGUUUCCUUGUACAAUCAAGUACAUAGAUGGGCUAAUUCUGUUAACUGAAAUAGAACCUUCCCACGAAGUUUCAUUAUUAAUAGGAAACGUGUCCCACACAAAACUCUGGCUAUGGCUCACCAUUUAUUGAUUAAUGUGAUCAACAGAAUGAGAAUUAAAAGUAUUUUCAAAUGGAUAAUGGCUUAUAGUUUCUGCACUGAACCUAAUCUGGUACUGAAUGUGGAAAGGCUCACUGAUAGCAGUUAUAAGACUUUAAACUUUUAUUUCUAUAUAUUCUAUGCUUCAUGUCAGUAAAGGUUUCUAUAUGUGGAAAGAGAGGAAAGAAACUGAGCUACUCAUUUAGCCCCUCCUAUGGUCACAGUUAGACAGCACAUUAGCAGGGACAACAGAGGUAGGACAGUAUAGUUAUAGUCCAUUUUCACCACAGCCCACGCAGCUUUAGCUUUGAUACUGCAUGUCUCAUCUUGGUGAACUUUUUUUUUAGUAUUAAAUAAUCCAUUUUAGGGAAACUGAUCCUAUAUGAUUUCCUUCUGACAGAGGGAUUCAUGGCUGUAUAGGACUACUUCAGUAGGCCCAUACUUAAAAUUAUUUUCACAGCUUACAUUUAAAAAUGUGUAAAAGUAGGUGACAUGAAUAGCUUUCAUUUUUUUCAAUCAAAUUUUGGUAUGUGCUUAUAAGUGAGCAGAAUAUAUAUAGAAUGUAUGUAAGUGAAUAUAUAAAUAUAUUUAAGAUAUAUGUGUGCAUAGAUGAAUUACAUAAUUCUAAAAUUAAUUUCAUCUACUCCCUGGAUCUUCUAAAAGUGUAUGUACAUUUCUAUAAAAUUCAAAACAAAUUUGAAUACAAACUCCCCAGCGAAGAAAAUAACUAAGUGUUCUAAGAAACUAUAAAGAGCAUACGAGAUGAAUAUGUAAUAGUACAUAUUAAAACCACAGAUACAAGCUACUUAAUCUGGUAUACAACAACUUGCCCCUUUAAAUUAGAGGAAUUUCUUGGAGUAGGACUAGAUGGUAGCGAACAUACGUCUCUGUAACAUAUCGAGAAGAGCCAUUCCCUUCUCACUUCCCUUUCAGACUCCAACAAGGAGAUGGUCUUAGUUCAAUGUCAUACUUUAUACUUCUAUGAAUGUUUGCUAAUCUUUGUACAACAAAGAGACACUGAACCUCAUUAAAUGCUGCUAGAUUUAAUAAUACAGCUGUGUUUCUGUGGACUGUAUUUUCAGUGAUGCUCUCUAUCUGACAAGUGAAACUGCUUUUUGUUCUCAGUGGCUAUAUAAAGUUACUU